AUGGGAUCAGAAAUGGAGGCCGCUCCUGUACUGUCCACUCCAGACGAUCGUAUUCUCGAGGCUACAGAGCCCGUCCCAACCCAGACCUCCAAAUCCUUGUCCGAUGAUGAACUCUCUAUCACCUACGACAUUGAACGCACCUUGAAGGAAAUCCGUCAAGCUCGGUACAAGCGCAUCGCUCUUCAAUUCCCCGAUGAUAUGCUCCCAGAUGCCCCGCGGGUAUUCCAACUACUCAGUCGCGGCCUAAAUUCAGCGGAAGUUGUCGGUAACAAUGGAACAAAUGGAGACGAGACGAAUGGAGGGGCAGAUGCGGAGGUGACUCAGUCAGUGUCUCAGCUGUCUAUUGAUGAGAAUGGGCAGAGAUGGUCCCCGCGACUAUAUAUUUUGGCCGACACCUCCUACGGAACUUGUUGUGUGGAUGAAGUGGCUGCGGAGCAUGUGGACGCCGAUGUCGUAGUGCACUAUGGCCGGUCUUGUCUGUCGCCAACUGCGAGAUUACCAGUUAUCUAUGUGUUCACCCACAUGCCCCUGUCCAUAGACCCCGUGGUUGAGUCCUUUAAGACAACCUAUCCUGACCCCGCUGCCAACGUUAUCAUUGCAGCCGAUGUCACCUACUCUGGUCAUGUCUCGGAUGUGUAUCAGCGCCUCGCAGCUGAUGGCUAUACCAAUUUGUUUGCCACAGAAGUGGUUCAUGACCCUUCAUCUGCCAUUCCCAAUCGCACGGUGCCUGCAUCUGUCAAAGAAGCACCAGAGACGCUGUCCGAAUGGCAAUUAUUCCAUAUCUCCGACCCGCCAACUACUCUUCUGUUGACCCUUGCUUCUCGGGUUGCUGCAAUUCAUAUCUACCCCACCAAUGGCCCCAGAAGCGACAAGGUCAAAUCGUUACCAGCAUCAAGUUCUGCUGCCUUGCGACGACGCUACGCUCUUACUACCCGUCUCACAACCGUCCCAGUUUGGGGAAUCCUGAUUAACACCCUCAGUGUAAAGAACUACCUGGGCAUCGUCGACCAUGUGAAAGAAAAGAUUGCUGCAGCGGGCAAGAAGAGCUACAUGUUUGUGGUGGGCAAACUAAACGCGGCGAAAGUAGCCAAUUUCAGCGAGAUUGGUGGCUGGGUCGUAAUCGGCUGCUGGGAAAGUUCAUUGGUAGACAGCAAGGAUUUCUGGAAGCCGGUGAUCACGCCGUUUGAAUUAGAAUUAGCGCUGCAGGGAGAUGCCGAGCGUGUAUGGACGGGAUCAUGGCAAAGCAACUUCCAAGCCCUCCUUGACCAGCCGACUGGGGAGUUGGACGAGGAUGCCACAUCAAACGGUGCAACCAUAGAUGACCAGGAAGAUGACAUGUCGGAACCCGAAUCUGCACCGCCCGAAUUCGAUCUGCGUACUGGGCGCUACGUCUCGCAUUCGCGGCCGAUGCGGGAUCCCGCACCCCGGGCUUCCGCCGUCGAUGAAUCCUCUGGACCUUCUGCUGCGAGGGCUUUGGCUAGAAGAACUAAGGGUGAUCUAGCGAUGAUCGGCGGGGCUGUAUCGCCAGGGGCUGAAUAUUUACGAUCACAGCGAACCUGGACAGGGUUGGGAAGUGACUUUGACAUCCGUUAUGAUGAGGAGGAGGAUCAAUCGGAUAGUACGCUUGUCAAGGAAGGGCGCAAGGGAAUCGCCAGGGGCUACACUGUUGGCGAAUUAGGCGAGCGACACUAG